AUGAAAUUUGUUCAGAUGUACCGAGGAGGAAAGAUAUGCCUCUCGGAUCACUUCAAACCUUUAUGGGCAAGAAAUGUGCCGAAGUUUGGCAUCGCACAUGCUUUCUCGCUAGGAUUGGGUCCAUGGUUAGCUGUGGAGAUCCCAGACUUGGUUGAGAAAGGACUUAUCACUGCAAAGACAUAAUC